UCCUCCCACCCCCAGCUUCCUCCCCUCAACACCCCUCCCCAUUCCCACCUCCUUCAAGGCAAGGUCUCCCCUGGGGAGUCAGCAGAACCUGGUACAGUCAGUGGAGGCAGGUCCAAGCCCCUCCUCCCUGCACCAAGGCUGAGCAGUGUCUCAGCAUAGGCCCCAGGCUCCAAAAAGCUGGCUCAUGCACUAAGGACAGGUCCUGGUCUCACUGCCUGGGGCCCCCCUAAACAGUUUAAGCUAAACAACUGUCUCACUUAUCCAGAGGGCCUAGUCCAGUUCCAUGGGGGCUCCUUAGCUAUUGGUCCACAGUUUAUGCGUUUCCACUAGUUUGGUUAGUUGUCUCUAUACUUUUUCCAAUCAUGGUCUCGAUAUCUCUUGCUCAUAUAAUCCCUCCUCUCUCUCAUGGAUUGGACUCCUGGAGCUCCGCUUGGGGCUUGGCCAUGGAUCUCUGCAUCUGCUUCCAUCAGUCACUGGAUGAGGGUUCUAUCAUGGCGGUCUGAAAGUUUUAUCUCAAUCUUUUGUGUGUGUUAGCACGCACAUGUGUGUGCAUAUGUGUGUGUGUGGGGGGGUGCAUGAGUAAAUGAAGGUUAGAAGUCAAUGUCAGUGUCUUUCUUUAUAGAUAGCUCUUGAUAUUAUUUUUUCCUAGUCUUUUAAAAAUUCUUUUGGUAGACUUAUUUAUUUUAUGUAGAUGAGUGUUUUGUCUGCAUGUAUGUAUGUGUACCACAUGAGUGUCAGGUGCCUUUGGAGUUCAAAAGAGGGAGUCAGUUCUCCUGGAACUUGAGUUAUAGAUGACUGUAGACCAUGUGGAUGCUGGGGACUGAACCCAGAUUUUCUGCAAGAACAGCAAGUCCUAUUUGAUCUCUGUCUUUUCAGCACUCUGCUAAGCUAAGGUCUAGGGCACCCUGGAGAGUAUACUUUGCUUGUACUGAAGCUGAGCCUCUAUGGAAGAAUUCCUUGAUGUGUAUGCCAUAAGCCCAGUAGAAUUUGCUAAAAAAUUGAAUUUAGGGGUUGGAGAGAUAGCUCAACUGUAGGAGCCCACAAAGGUUUCCUAGUGAUAUCUGAGCUUGCUUUACAAAGCAGGACUGCAUUAGGGAAUGGCUUGACCACAUGCAUGAUCACCAGGUGUCUGGAAUGGUCUGCACUUGGCUGUGCUGGGGGGGAGGUCUUUUGCUCCACCCCUUGACAUUCCUUUAAGAGCCCUUUAGUAGAGACAGAAGGGGCAGGUGGGUUUGGACCCAGGCCCUUCUGAGGCUAUCCUGUGUUUUCUGUCUCCCUCUCCUCUAUAUUUCUAUCUACAUAUUCCUGGUUUCUCCCUGCUCAAGAGUACCCUGGGUGAAUAAGAGGGAGCUGUCUUUGCACAUCUGGUGUCCUCUCACGGCACCACCAGGGGAACUUGUAUUGAAUAUGCACAUUUGAAAAGACACAAACCCCAAGUGAUUCGGUGGACUCCAGUGACUGCUAAGAAACCUUGGCUUAUUAUUAAGACAAUAAACUUCAAGUUCGGUUGAUGGCCUGACCUCCGCACUUUAGACAGUGACUAGCACGAUAAACAUUAACUUUAAAAAAAAAAAUCAGUUCUUUCUGAGCAAGUUUUAAGUCUAUCUAGAGUCCAAAUUCUACGUUUGCAGGCUGACUGGGCCUUGAAGCCCCUGUCACUCCGUGCUUAGGGGCGGGGCAGGCCAAAGCCACCGAAGGAGAGGGGGUGGGAUCACUAGGGCAGACUGUCGCACACGUGUGACGCAACUACCGCGCGCAGAUGUAGUCGCCAAGGAACGUGGAGCGGAGACAGCAUGGCGGCCCCCGCCCAGCAGUCCCCUCAGCCGGUCGGCGGAAAGCGCAAAGGCAAGGCCCAGUUCUUCCCGGCCAAGCGGGCCCGGCGCUGUGACGCAGGCGGGCCGCGGCAGCUGGAGCCCGGCCUGCAGGGCAUCCUCAUCACCUGCAACAUGAACGAGCGCAAGUGCGUGGAGGAGGCCUACAGCCUGCUUAACGAGUAUGGCGACGACAUGUACGGGCCCGAAAAGUUUAUAGACAAGGACCAGCAGCCCUCUGGAAGUGAGGGAGAAGAUGAUGAUGUGGAGGCUGCCUUGAAGAAAGAAGUUGGUGACAUUAAGGCUUCUACAGAGAUGAGGCUGAGAAGAUUCCAGUCAAUGGAGAGCGGAGCAAAUAAUGUAGUCUUCAUCAGGACCCUUGGGAUAGAGCCUGAGAAAUUAGUGCAUCACAUUCUCCAGGAUAUGUACAAAACCAAGAAAAAGAAGACACGUGUUAUUCUGCGAAUGUUGCCCAUCUCAGGCACCUGCAAAGCUUUCUUAGAAGAUAUGAAAAAAUAUGCAGAAACAUUUUUGGAGCCCUGGUUUAAAGCCCCAAACAAAGGGACAUUUCAGAUUGUCUACAAAUCUCGAAAUAACAGCCAUAUGACUAGAGAAGAAGUUAUUAAAGAGUUGGCAGGAAUCGUGGGCAGCCUCAAUUCAGAAAAUAAAGUGGAUCUCACUAAUCCAGAGUACACGGUGGUAGUCGAAAUCAUCAAAGCUGUGUGUUGCCUGAGUGUUGUGAAAGAUUAUGUACUGUUCAGAAAAUACAACCUCCAAGAGGUAGUGAAGAGUGGAAAAGACUCACAGCCUCACCCAAAGCUGGGAAAUGGCAAAGAAGCAAAAUUGGAACCUGAUGGCAAGUUGAAUCAAAGUGAUCCUGCAGAAGGUAAAAAUAACCAGCAGGUGGCACCAGAGAGCAGCGAGGAGCUGGGGCAGAGAAAUCCAAGGUCUGAAACCCCAGCAGGGAGUGAGGAAGAAGCUAAACCUGAACUUGAAAGUCAAGUUUCAGAAGGACCCACACCAAAUGAAAAUGAGCUCUCAUAGGUCAUUCUCUGGGGAGGUGGGUCUCAGCUGGGGUUCUGCAACAAGCUAUUGGGGUUCCUUGUAAAAUUGUGAUAAUAUUUUUUGGCUCUUGUGUGCUGCUUAAUGCUGAUCUCACAAUCGCUGUUGACAGUUUUGUUAGAGCCCUUCCAGGCCUUCAUGUCAGUGUGUACAGACCCAUGCACUGUUGCCUAGGGGAAGGUGGUAGGAGGAUGGCAUUGGCCUCUGCCUCCUACUUACUUUCUCUGGUUUCCCUUUAAGCACUGCCAACUGAUGUGGAACUGAACAGCAUCUUAGUGGGAAAUCAGCAGGGCAUUCUCAUUCUGAGGAAGUUAUGUGCUACAUAUGGCUCAGCUGUCCCUGCCACUUCACUGUACACACAGAGAAGUGGCACCGGAUUAUAUGGGAAUCACUUUGUGAUGGCUUCGUACAUUUUAUGUUUUUCUUGUUAUGUUUUUUUUUUAAUGUUCAAAGCAAAUCUGAUGGCCCAUUGCUGCAGUUUCUGUAGAGAAGAUGUGAGGUAGAAGAGGACUGUUGUAGGUGCAGACCCAUGGGUGUUUCUUGUAAGGUUAGGGAUGAGGAAUCACUCUGCUGAGUCACUUCGUAUACUAGUGCAUAAAUGACCACGAACAUCUACUGCCCCAUGGUUUCACUGGACUGCUGUCCAAGCUGUCCUUUCAGUUUGUUGUGCUUUUAGGAAUUCCCCACAGGUAGAGAUGGUAAAGGGCGGAAGCGACCUAUGAGCAUUGCAAAACUGUCCAGGUGGGGACUGCGAAGUGGCUGUAGCGUUAGGUUGGGAAAAAGGUUUGUGCUUAAUUCUUAAAACAAGUUAGAAAGUAGUAUAAAUACUAUAUGGUUCCUGGCACAAGUGGCUAAAGAGCGAGUGACGUGAGAAUAUAUUUCUUCUCAGAUAGCUAGAGGCUUGCUCGGUAAGCCAGACCAAGAGGAUAUGGGAGAAGCAGAGAACAGGCAGCACCUCGCUAAUGCAGACAGGGCUGGAGCAUCCUCAAGGGUUUUGACAUGUUAACUCAGGUCUGAAAUUGAAACCAUCUUGAAAGGAUAUGCAUUUAGGAGAAAAUCCUGGUGUCUUCUUGAGGCUUGCUCCGAGAUAAAGGGACUUUUCUUUUAAUAGUGUAGGACGAAGGGCCUGGGGAUAAAUUACCAUUUGGUCAGACACAAAGUUCUGGAGCUUGGCAAAGUUGCUGCCCUUCAGAUUUUGAUUUACAUUAUGGUUUUGAUUGUCUUUUUAUUUAUUUGUGUUUAGUGAAACCCGAGUGUGAUGGGCUGUUUGCAGGUUGUACAGUUCUGUGUGCUCCUGGAAUCUUAAGCUCACUUACUCAUCUGGCUUUGCUUUCAGAUCUGACGCCUUUAUUUCCACUAACAUUUCAGUGUGUUAGUUUGCAGACGAUCCCAGGGUGGGAAUUGAGUGGGGUUUUGUUUGUUUGGUUUUUGUUGUUUUAAGCGAAGGCCUUUAAAACAGAAAAUAAAGAAGCAGAAACCAAACCCCAGUGCUGUGGGCCAGUGUGCCUGCCCUACUCUACAGACAAAGGAGGUAAGCCUGGUACUGUAAGAUACGUUUCUCCAAAGCUGAACACAGUUUUCAAACUUUUUUACUUGCAUUUUGUUCUUGGUGCAGCUGAACGUUCAGGUUGUUUUCAAAGUUCUGAUAUUUUAAAAAAUAAAAAUGAAUUUGUUCAAUAAA